UAAAGAUGCAUUCAACUGAAAUAAGUUGUGAGGGUAAUGCUAAUUUAUUAAAAAUAAAAUGUUCUUCUUGCUCAAGACCAAUACAAUUAACUGAUUGGAUAAGAAGAGCUAAGCAAAAUGUGUAUCAUCUUGCAUGUUUUUCAUGUGAUAUAUGUAAGAGACAACUUUCUACAGGUGAAGAAUUCGCUUUUAUUGAAGAUAGUAUACUAUGCAAACUUCAUUAUGUGGAACAUCUUGAACUACCUGCUUCUUGUCCUGUUUUGUUAACUAAUAGUUCUGUUAUGGAAAACUCUCCUGAAUUAAUUGUUGAUGAAGAUCAAAUGUGGAUAAAGCAUGAAAAUAAAAACAAGAGAGUUCGCACAUCAUUUACUGAUGAACAGGUUCUAAUUUUACAAGCUAAUUUUGAUCUUGAUGCAAAUCCUGAUAGCAAUGAGCUGGAACGCAUAGCUGCUGAUGUUAGUCUUCCAAAGCGUGUCACUCAAGUUUGGUUCCAAAAUUCUAGAGCAAGACAAAAAAAGCAGCAGCAGCAUAAAACAAGAAAUCAUUAUGGCCAUUGUGGAACUUGCAAUUAUUAUCCGUGCUCAUGCUCGAAUUCAAACAGUGUAUCAGAUAAAUAGAUUAAAUAAUAAAAAUGUUUAUAAUACA